GAGAAAAUGAGAGCCUCUGAUUUUUUCUAUAAAAUUAACAAAGACCACGACGAGGGGUUACAGAAAAGUGAACUGUACUCUUUAUUUAAUGUAAGUGUUUUUUUCGAAAAUCCUUUUUUUUCUUUUUCACAAUAUAACAAAUACUAAAACGUAUCAAGUCAUUGGUAAAAAGCACGUAGAAAUUAUGUUAGAAUUUCACUUAUACUUAGUUAUAUGAAUAAAUACAAAGCGGUGCCUGUAGAGUGCCAGUUCGACUUUUUAAUUUUAUUUUAAAAUAUGAUUAAACGUUUCUCUAAGAUGUUUCAAUUGAAUCAUACGUUAAGCGUGUCCCACCGUUGUCCCACCGUUGCCCCACCGCUGUCCCGACGUUGUUUCAUGGGCUAAGUAAAUUGUUAUGGCUCACUUUUAAAAAAAAAAAAGAAAAGAAAUUCUUCAUCCAUUGUGAUAUGGUUUAUGAGAAUUAAAAUUAUUUACCUUUAAAUAACUUAGUCGAAUGGAACUGGCGAAACUGAACAAGAGGUUUUCUUUAUUUUAGGAAGCGGGUCUUCCAGUGACCGGAAGUGUAGUGGACAAGAUUAUGGAGUUUAUGGACACCAAUGACGAUGGGACAAUUGACCUCAGGUGCGUCAGAAUGUGUACAAAAAAUUCUCUAAUGCAUGAGGAGAUUUGAGUUUUACAAUAUUCAAAGAUAGCCCGCCAGGUGGCGCAUUGUAUCGGCUGGUCAAGUUAGAUAGGAUGCCAACUCAUUUUUGAAUGCAACAAUAUUUCGCCGUUAGAGUCGGCAUACUUCACUGAGAGUGACCAUGGCAUUUGUUAACUAAAAUGGCAUUUGUUAACUAAAAUGUCAUUUGUUAACUAAAAUGACAUUUGUUAACUAAAAUGGCAUUUGUUAACUAAAAUGGCUUUUGUUAACUAAAAUGGCAUUUGUUAACUAAAAUGGCUUUUGUUAACUAAAAUGGCAUUUGUGAACAGAAAUGGCAUUUGUGAACUAAAAUGGCUUUUGUUAACUAAAAUGGCAUUUGUUAACUAAAAUGGCUUUUGUUAACUAAAAUGGCAUUUGUGAGCAGAAAUGGCAUUUGUGAACUAAAAUGACAUUUACACCAAUUUGGGAGCUAAAAUGGCAUUUGUGAACAAACAUGGCAUUUAACCCAAUCUGUGAACUAAAAUGGCAUUUGUGAACUUAAAUAGCAUUUACCCCAAUUUGGGAACUAAAAGGGAAUUUGUCGACUAAAAUGACAUUUGUUAAAUAAAAUGACAUUUGUUAAAUAAAAUGACAUUUGUUAAAUAAAAUGACAUUUGUUAAAUAAAAUGACAUUUGUGAAAUAAAAUGACAUUUGUUAAAUAAAAUGACAUUUGCGAACUAUAAAAACACUUUGAUAAUAAAAGUUCAUUAAGCGUAUUUUAUUUACAUCAAGUUUUGCUUUCUUUCCACGUUGAAAAAAAAUGAAGUUCAGAUUGUAUAAAUAUAAUUCUUAACACUAAUAGCCUUCUCCAAAUGUGACGUCAUCAGGGAAUUCCUUUUAGGGGACAAGCGCAUCAAGACCAUUUCUCGGAAACAGCUACGGGGCGAUCAAGAGCGGAAAGGCCAGGACACAAACUACAUCAAGUACUCCAGGACAUUUCAGAAGGCCCACAUCGACCCCAUCACUAACGCACUGAAGGUGAAGCCUUGA